GUGUUCCUUUUCAUUUGUAUCAGAAAUGCUAAAAACUGUGUUGUCUUAGCCUUCUAAACAGCUGUUUUGCAUAUCAUUGCGAAUCCGGUUGAUUUGCGUCAAAACAAAACCAGGAUCAUGCUAAAAACCGCUGUUAGCCGCUUAUUACAAAUUAAUUCAGUGAAAUGUGGCGGCCGGGCGAGUUCGGUUCGCAAUAUCAACCUGAUUCCCAUGGUAGUCGAGCAAACUGGCCGCGGUGAAAGGGCCUACGACAUAUUCUCGCGCCUGCUGAAGGAGCGGAUAAUCUGCCUGAUGGGCAACAUAACCGACGACAUCAGUUCCACCGUGGUGGCGCAACUGCUAUUCCUGCAAUCGGAGAACGUCAACAAGCCGAUCCAUCUGUACAUCAAUUCCCCUGGCGGCGUUGUGACAGCUGGCCUCGCUAUCUACGAUACGAUGCAGUACGUCAAGCCACCGAUAGCCACUUGGUGUGUGGGUCAGGCCUGCUCGAUGGGAUCCCUCCUGCUCGCGGCCGGUGCUCCUGGAAUGCGAUACUCUCUGCCCAACGCCCGGAUCAUGAUACACCAGCCCUCUGGUGGCGCUCAAGGUCAAGCUACAGACAUCCUGAUACACGCCGAGGAAAUCAUCAAAAUCAAGCGCCAGCUUACCAAAAUCUAUGUAAAGCACGCGAAGAACUCGUACGAAGAGAUGUGCGGUCGCAUGGAGCGCGACCACUUCAUGACCCCCGAAGAAGCCAAGGUAGUGGGCAUUAUCGACCACGUCCUCGAACAUCCGCCAGAGACGGUUUCCGAAACUGGUCCGGCAUCGGAUGGCGGUAUCACCUCCGGCAAAACCGUGCCCGAGGAAUGUGAGAAGAAGAGAAGCAAGCAGGCGGCCUAAAAUUCUAUCACGUGUAUAAACCAAAAUUCAAUUCUAAGUUUAACACAGUUUGAUUAAUUCAAUUUUCUACAGAAUGUACACUUUCUAAUUACACCAAGUUUUUCCUGAAGCAGCAA